AUGCGACUAGGUUCAAUAUUGAAGCUAUUUGUCACUGCUCUAGCGGCAGUACCCACAUAUGGGCAAACGAUUUCAAAGAAUACGGACACGAGUGGUCCUGUUAACAUUGUUGGAGAUAUUUUAGUCAACAGAGGAGUAUGGUGGUCUAUCGAUAACUGGAUCAAUCCCGUAUUCCAAGUUCCGGUUAAUAUUCAAGGUCUGUGGUACAUUUACUUGAAUGUACCGGGAACACCGUUGACGAUCCGUCAAAAUCAUGGUAACUUCUAUAAUGUAGGAGGUUUGAUAAUGUUCAAGGCUAGUGGGUCAAAUCCCGAUAUUUUGAUAAAUGGGGGAUCUUUUAUGAACACAGGUGACUUUUUCAUGGUUGCCGAAGACCUGGACAGUGCAAUAUUCACUAUCGAUUCUAGUAGUUGGGAUAAUAUGAAAGGAGGAUCAGUAUACCUUUAUUCUACUGCCCGAUUAGGACAAGUGGCAAAACUUCAACAUGGUGACAAUGGUUUGUUUUCAAACAAUGGUCAAAUUUGUUUAAGAAAUAUGUGGUGGAUGGCUGUUUCCAAUGUUAGAGGUAGCGGUUGUAUUGAUGUUGGUGUAAACUCAGUAUUUCAAUAUACAGUGACGAAUAUCCCAAUCGAUAACACACAACUUAUUAAUCUUUCCACGCCCUCUUCUACUUUAUACGUAGGGUCACAGGGCCAAGGAGAAUUUUUGGUUGCUGGCUUUGGAGGGGGAAAUACCAUUUGUAUUACCCGACCCAUUAAGCUGGCUACCUACUAUGCCAGCUCUAAACUUUUGCUGUUGGUUGCAGACACUAUAACUAUAAAUCUUCGGAUUGGUGGUGGAUAUGAUCCCAGCCUUUUCAAAAUCACGCUGGUGGACCUUGGACCUGGAAUAGGUUUAUCUCUAUAUAAUGCAGCUUGCCAAUAUACUGGACCCGUUCCAUCUGAAAGUUCUCCCAACUCACAAUGUACAGUUUGUAAGGAUGAACCAGACUACCCACCACACGAAGAACAUACUACCACAAUAACUACUUCAUGGACUGGUCAUUUCACAUCCACAUCCACUAUCAAACCGAACAAUCCUGAUGGAACUACCACGAUUGAGAUUUUGACGCCUGACCACACCACUACGGUGACUACUUCAUGGACCGGACAUUUCACUUCGACCAGUACUAUCACCCCUGACGACCCCGAGGGCACUACCACGAUUGAGAUUUUGACACCUGACCACACCACGACGGUGACUACGUCAUGGACCGGACAUUUCACUUCGACCAGUACUAUUGUGCCUAGUGAUCCUGAUGGAACUACCACGAUUGAGAUUUUGACGCCUGACCACACCACUACGGUGACUACUUCAUGGACCGGACAUUUCACAUCGACCAGUACUAUCACCCCUGACGACCCCGAGGGCACUACCACGAUUGAGAUUUUGACGCCUGACCACACCACUACGGUGACUACUUCAUGGACCGGACAUUUUACUUCGACCAGUACUAUUGUGCCUAGUGAUCCUGAUGGAACUACUACGAUUGAGAUUUUGACACCUGACCACACCACUACGGUGACUACUUCAUGGACCGGACAUUUCACUUCAACCAGUACUAUUGUGCCUAGUGAUCCUGAUGGAACUACCACGAUUGAGAUUUUGACACCUGACCACACCACUACGGUGACUACGUCAUGGACCGGACAUUUCACUUCGACCAGUACUAUUGUGCCUAGUGAUCCUGAUGGAACUACCACGAUUGAGAUUUUGACACCUGACCACACCACUACGGUGACUACGUCAUGGACCGGACAUUUCACUUCAACCAGUACUAUUGUGCCUAGUGAUCCUGAUGGAACUACCACGAUUGAGAUUUUGACACCUGACCACACCACUACGGUGACUACGUCAUGGACCGGACAUUUCACUUCAACCAGUACUAUUGUGCCUAGUCAUCCUGAUGGCACUACCACGAUUGAGAUUUUGACGCCUGACCACACCACUACGGUGACUACUUCAUGGACCGGACAUUUUACUUCGACCAGUACUAUUGUGCCUAGUGAUCCUGAUGGAACUACUACGAUUGAGAUUUUGACACCUGACCACACCACUACGGUGACUACUUCAUGGACCGGACAUUUCACUUCAACCAGUACUAUUGUGCCUAGUGAUCCUGAUGGAACUACCACGAUUGAGAUUUUGACACCUGACCACACCACUACGGUGACUACGUCAUGGACCGGACAUUUCACUUCGACCAGUACUAUUGUGCCUAGUGAUCCUGAUGGAACUACCACGAUUGAGAUUUUGACACCUGACCACACCACUACGGUGACUACGUCAUGGACCGGACAUUUCACUUCAACCAGUACUAUUGUGCCUAGUCAUCCUGAUGGCACUACCACGAUUGAGAUUUUGACACCUGACCACACCACUACGGUGACUACUUCAUGGACCGGACAUUUCACUUCAACCAGUACUAUUGUGCCUAGUGAUCCUGAUGGAACUACCACGAUUGAGAUUUUGACGCCUGACCACACCACUACGGUGACUACUUCAUGGACCGGACAUUUCACAUCGACCAGUACUAUUGUGCCUAGUGAUCCUGAUGGAACUACCACGAUUGAGAUUUUGACACCUGACCACACCACUACGGUGACUACGUCAUGGACCGGACAUUUCACUUCGACCAGUACUAUUGUGCCUAGUGAUCCUGAUGGAACUACCACGAUUGAGAUUUUGACACCUGACCACACCACUACGGUGACUACGUCAUGGACCGGACAUUUCACUUCGACCAGUACUAUUGUGCCUAGUGAUCCUGAUGGAACUACCACGAUUGAGAUUUUGACACCUGACCACACCACUACGGUGACUACGUCAUGGACCGGACAUUUCACUUCAACCAGUACUAUUGUGCCUAGUCAUCCUGAUGGCACUACCACGAUUGAGAUUUUGACACCUGACCACACCACUACGGUGACUACUUCAUGGACCGGACAUUUCACUUCAACCAGUACUAUUGUGCCUAGUGAUCCUGAUGGAACUACCACGAUUGAGAUUUUGACACCUGACCACACCACUACGGUGACUACGUCAUGGACCGGACAUUUCACUUCAACCAGUACUAUUGUGCCUAGUGAUCCUGAUGGAACUACCACGAUUGAAAUUUUGACGCCUGACCACACCACUACGGUGACUACUUCAUGGACCGGGCAUUUCACUUCAACCAGUACUAUCACCCCUGACGACCCCGAGGGCACUACCACGAUUGAGAUUUUGACGCCUGACCACACCACUACGGUGACUACUUCAUGGACCGGACAUUUUACUUCAACCAGUACUAUUGUGCCUAGUGAUCCUGAUGGAACUACCACGAUUGAGAUUUUGACGCCUGACCACACCACUACGGUGACUACUUCAUGGACCGGACAUUUCACAUCGACCAGUACUAUCACCCCUGACGACCCCGAGGGCACUACCACGAUUGAGAUUUUGACGCCUGACCACACCACUACGGUGACUACUUCAUGGACCGGACAUUUUACUUCGACCAGUACUAUUGUGCCUAGUGAUCCUGAUGGAACUACUACGAUUGAGAUUUUGACACCUGACCACACCACUACGGUGACUACUUCAUGGACCGGACAUUUCACUUCAACCAGUACUAUUGUGCCUAGUGAUCCUGAUGGCACUACCACGAUUGAGAUUUUGACACCUGACCACACCACGACGGUGACUACGUCAUGGACCGGACAUUUCACUUCAACCAGUACUAUUGUGCCUAGUGAUCCUGAUGGCACUACCACGAUUGAGAUUUUGACACCUGACCACACCACGACGGUGACUACGUCAUGGACCGGACAUUUCACUUCGACCAGUACUAUUGUGCCUAGUGAUCCUGAUGGAACUACCACGAUUGAGAUUUUGACACCUGACCACACCACUACGGUGACUACGUCAUGGACCGGACAUUUCACUUCAACCAGUACUAUUGUGCCUAGUGAUCCUGAUGGAACUACCACGAUUGAGAUUUUGACACCUGACCACACCACUACGGUGACUACGUCAUGGACCGGACAUUUCACAUCGACCAGUACUAUCACCCCUGACGACCCCGAGGGCACUACCACGAUUGAGAUUUUGACGCCUGACCACACCACUACGGUGACUACUUCAUGGACCGGGCAUUUCACUUCGACCAGUACUAUUGUGCCUAGUGAUCCUGAUGGAACUACCACGAUUGAGAUUUUGACGCCUGACCACACCACUACGGUGACUACUUCAUGGACCGGACAUUUCACAUCGACCAGUACUAUCACCCCUGACGACCCCGAGGGCACUACCACGAUUGAGAUUUUGACGCCUGACCACACCACUACGGUGACUACUUCAUGGACCGGACAUUUUACUUCGACCAGUACUAUUGUGCCUAGUGAUCCUGAUGGAACUACUACGAUUGAGAUUUUGACACCUGACCACACCACUACGGUGACUACGUCAUGGACCGGACAUUUCACUUCGACCAGUACUAUUGUGCCUAGUGAUCCUGAUGGAACUACCACGAUUGAGAUUUUGACGCCUGACCACACCACUACGGUGACUACUUCAUGGACCGGACAUUUCACAUCGACCAGUACUAUCACCCCUGACGACCCCGAGGGCACUACCACGAUUGAGAUUUUGACACCUGACCACACCACUACGGUGACUACGUCAUGGACCGGACAUUUCACUUCAACCAGUACUAUUGUGCCUAGUGAUCCUGAUGGCACUACCACGAUUGAGAUUUUGACACCUGACCACACCACUACGGUGACUACGUCAUGGACCGGACAUUUCACAUCGACCAGUACUAUCACCCCUGACGACCCCGAGGGCACUACCACGAUUGAGAUUUUGACGCCUGACCACACCACUACGGUGACUACUUCAUGGACCGGACAUUUCACUUCGACCAGUACUAUUGUGCCUAGUCAUCCUGAUGGCACUACCACGAUUGAGAUUUUGACGCCUGACCACACCACUACGGUGACUACUUCAUGGACCGGACAUUUCACUUCAACCAGUACUAUUGUGCCUAGUGAUCCUGAUGGCACUACCACGAUUGAGAUUUUGACACCUGACCACACCACGACGGUGACUACGUCAUGGACCGGACAUUUCACUUCGACCAGUACUAUUGUGCCUAGUGAUCCUGAUGGAACUACCACGAUUGAGAUUUUGACGCCUGACCACACCACGACAAUAACAACUGUCUGGACUGGUGAUGUCACUUCAACUUCGACUUUAUAUCCUGAAGAUCCCGAUGGAACUACUACAAUUGAGAUAUUGACUCCAUCUUCUGUUAGCUCCACAACAUCAAGCACAACACCAUCUUCCAGUUCCACUAAAGUAUCAAGUUCAUUACCGGUAUCAUCAAGCAUUCCAAGUUCUGAAUCCAUACCAAGCAGUACAAAUGAAUCGACCUCGAAUCCAGAAUCAUCAACAGGUUCAACUUCAAGUAUUCCAACAGAUUCCAGUGUGUCACCUACUUCAGCUUCUGGCUCCGCUUCUGGUUCAGCUUCUGGCUCAGCUUCCGAAUCUGGUUCUGUUACUCCAUCUGGCUCUGCCUCUGGAUCCGCAUCAUCAGGUUCUGCAUCUGGAUCUCGCUCCGCUUCUGGUUCAGCUUCUGGUUCAGCUUCUGGCUCUGCUUCCGAAUCUGGUUCUGUUACUCCAUCUGGCUCUGCCUCUGGAUCUGCCUCUGAAUCAGGCUCCGCUUCUGGAUCUGGCUCCGCUUCUGGUUCAGCUUCCGAAUCUGGUUCUGUUACUCCAUCUGGCUCUGCCUCUGGAUCCGCAUCAUCAGGUUCUGCCUCUGGAUCUGGCUCCGCUUCUGGUUCCGCUUCUGGCUCUGCUUCCGAAUCAGGUUCUGUUACUCCAUCUGGCUCUGCCUCUGGAUCCGCAUCAUCAGGUUCUGCAUCUGGAUCCAGUUCCGCUUCUGGUUCAGCUUCCGAAUCUGGUUCUGUUACUCCAUCUGGCUCUGCCUCUGGAUCCGCAUCAUCAGGUUCUGCAUCUGGAUCCGGUUCCGCUUCCGGUUCAGCUUCUGGCUCAGCUUCUGGCUCAGCUUCUGGUUCAGCUUCCGAAUCUGGUUCUGUUACUCCAUCUGGCUCUGCCACUGGAUCUGCCUCUGAAUCAGGCUCCGCUUCUGGAUCUGGCUCCGCUUCUGGUUCAGCUUCCGAAUCUGGUUCUGUUACUCCAUCUGGCUCUGCCUCUGGAUCCGCAUCAUCAGGUUCUGCAUCUGGAUCUGGCUCCGCUUCUGGUUCCGCUUCUGGCUCUGCUUCCGAAUCAGGUUCUGUUACUCCAUCUGGCUCUGCCUCUGGAUCCGCAUCAUCAGGUUCUGCAUCUGGAUCCGGUUCCGCUUCUGGUUCCGCUUCUGGCUCAGCUUCUGGCUCAGCUUCUGGCUCAGCUUCUGGUUCAGCUUCCGAAUCUGGUUCUGUUACUCCAUCUGGCUCUGCCUCUGGAUCUGCCUCUGAAUCAGGCUCCGCUUCUGGAUCUGGCUCCGCUUCUGGUUCAGCUUCCGAAUCUGGUUCUGUUACUCCAUCUGGCUCUGCCUCUGGAUCCGCAUCAUCAGGUUCUGCAUCUGGAUCCGGUUCCGCUUCCGGUUCAGCUUCUGGCUCAGCUUCUGGCUCAGCUUCUGGUUCAGCUUCCGAAUCUGGUUCUGUUACUCCAUCUGGCUCUGCCUCUGGAUCUGCCUCUGAAUCAGGCUCCGCUUCUGGAUCUGGCUCAGCUUCUGGUUCAGCUUCCGAAUCUGGUUCUGUUACUCCAUCUGGCUCUGCCUCUGGAUCCACAUCAUCAGGUUCUGCAUCUGGAUCCAGUUCCGCUUCUGGUUCAGCUUCCGAAUCUGGUUCUGUUACUCCAUCUGGCUCUGCCUCUGGAUCCGCAUCAUCAGGUUCUGCAUCUGGAUCCGGUUCCGCUUCUGGUUCAGCUUCUGGCUCAGCUUCUGGCUCAGCUUCUGGUUCAGCUUCCGAAUCUGGUUCUGUUACUCCAUCUGGCUCUGCCUCUGGAUCUGCCUCUGAAUCAGGCUCCGCUUCUGGAUCUGGCUCCGCUUCUGGUUCAGCUUCCGAAUCUGGUUCUGUUACUCCAUCUGGCUCUGCCUCUGGAUCCGCAUCAUCAGGUUCUGCAUCUGGAUCCGGUUCCGCUUCUGGUUCAGCUUCUGGCUCAGCUUCUGGCUCAGCUUCUGGCUCAGCUUCUGGUUCAGCUUCCGAAUCUGGUUCUGUUACUCCAUCUGGCUCUGCCUCUGGAUCCGCAUCAUCAGGUUCUGCAUCUGGAUCCGGCUCCGCUUCUGGUUCAGCUACUGGUUCAGCUUCUGGCUCUGCUUCCGAAUCUGGUUCUGUUACUCCAUCUGGCUCUGCCUCUGGAUCUGCCUCUGGAUCUGCCUCUGAAUCUGGCUCCGCUUCUGGAUCCGGUUCAGCUUCUGGCUCAGCUUCUGGCUCUGCUUCCGAAUCUGGUUCUGUUACUCCAUCUGGCACUGCCUCUGGAUCUGCCUCUGAAUCAGGCUCCGCUUCUGGAUCUGGUUCCGCUUCUGGUUCAGCUUCUGGCUCAGCUUCUGGCUCAGCUUCUGGUUCAGCUUCCGAAUCUGGUUCUGUUACUCCAUCUGGCUCUGCCUCUGGAUCCGCAUCAUCAGGUUCUGCAUCUGGAUCCGGUUCCGCUUCUGGAUCAGCUUCUGGCUCAGCUUCUGGUUCAGCUUCCGAAUCUGGUUCUGUUACUCCAUCUGGCUCUGCCUCUGGAUCCGCAUCAUCAGGUUCUGCCUCUGGAUCUGGCUCCGCUUCUGGUUCAGCUUCCGAAUCUGGUUCUGUUACUCCAUCUGGCUCUUCCUCUGGAUCCGCAUCAUCAGGUUCUGCAUCUGGAUCCGGUUCCGCUUCUGGAUCAGCUUCUGGCUCAGCUUCUGGCUCAGCUUCUGGUUCAGCUUCCGAAUCUGGUUCUGUUACUCCAUCUGGCUCUGCCUCUGGAUCCGCAUCAUCAGGUUCUGCCUCUGGAUCUGGCUCCGCUUCUGGUUCCGCUUCUGGCUCUGCUUCCGAAUCAGGUUCUGUUACUCCAUCUGGCUCUGCCUCUGGAUCCGCAUCAUCAGGUUCUGCAUCUGGAUCCAGUUCCGCUUCUGGUUCAGCUUCCGAAUCUGGUUCUGUUACUCCAUCUGGCUCUGCCUCUGGAUCCGCAUCAUCUGGCUCAGCUUCUGGCUCAGCUUCUGGUUCAGCUUCCGAAUCUGGUUCUGUUACUCCAUCUGGCUCUGCCUCUGGAUCCGCAUCAUCAGGUUCUGCAUCUGGAUCUGGCUCCGCUUCUGGAUCUGCUUCUAGCUCUGCUUCCGAAUCUGGUUCUGUUACUCCAUCUGGCUCUGCCUCUGGAUCCGCAUCAUCAGGUUCUGCAUCUGGAUCCGGUUCCGCUUCUGGAUCAGCUUCUGGCUCAGCUUCUGGUUCAGCUUCCGAAUCUGGUUCUGUUACUCCAUCUGGCUCUGCCUCUGGAUCCGCAUCAUCAGGUUCUGCCUCUGGAUCUGGCUCCGCUUCUGGUUCAGCUUCUGGCUCAGCUUCUGGCUCAGCUUCUGGUUCAGCUUCCGAAUCUGGUUCUGUUACUCCAUCUGGCUCUGCCUCUGGAUCCGCAUCAUCUGGCUCAGCUUCUGGCUCAGCUUCUGGUUCAGCUUCCGAAUCUGGUUCUGUUACUCCAUCUGGCUCUGCCUCUGGAUCCGCAUCAUCAGGUUCUGCAUCUGGAUCUGGCUCCGCUUCUGGAUCUGCUUCUAGCUCUGCUUCCGAAUCUGGUUCUGUUACUCCAUCUGGCUCUGCCUCUGGAUCCGCAUCAUCAGGUUCUGCAUCUGGAUCCGGUUCCGCUUCUGGUUCAGCUUCCGAAUCUGGUUCUGUUACUCCAUCUGGCUCUGCCUCUGGAUCCGCAUCAUCAGGUUCUGCAUCUGGUUCUGGCUCCGCUUCUGGUUCUGGCUCCACUUCUGGUUCUGGCUCCGCUUCUGGUUCAGCUUCCGAAUCUGGUUCUGUUACUCCAUCUGGCUCUGCCUCUGGAUCCGCAUCAUCAGGUUCUGCAUCUGGAUCCGGUUCCGCUUCUGGUUCAGCUUCCGAAUCUGGUUCUGUUACUCCAUCUGGCUCUGUUACUCCAUCUGGCUCUGCCUCUGGAUCCGCAUCAUCUGGCUCAGCUUCUGGCUCAGCUUCUGGUUCAGCUUCCGAAUCUGGUUCUGUUACUCCAUCUGGCUCUGCCUCUGGAUCCGCAUCAUCAGGUUCUGCAUCUGGAUCUGGCUCCGCUUCUGGAUCUGCUUCUGGCUCUGCUUCCGAAUCUGGUUCUGUUACUCCAUCUGGCUCUGCCUCUGGAUCUGCCUCUGGAUCUGCCUCUGAAUCUGGCUCCGCUUCUGGAUCCGGUUCAGCUUCUGGCUCAGCUUCUGGCUCAGCUUCUGGCUCAGCUUCCGAAUCUGGUUCUGUUACUCCAUCUGGCUCUGCCUCUGGAUCUUCCUCUGAAUCAGGCUCCGCUUCUGGAUCUGGUUCCGCUUCUGGUUCAGCUUCUGGCUCAGCUUCUGGUUCAGCUUCCGAAUCUGGUUCUGUUACUCCAUCUGGCUCUGCCUCUGGAUCCGCAUCUUCUGGCUCAGCUUCUGGCUCAGCUUCUGGUUCAGCUUCCGAAUCUGGUUCUGUUACUCCAUCUGGCUCUGCCUCUGGAUCCGCAUCAUCAGGUUCUGCAUCUGGAUCCGGUUCCGCUUCUGGUUCAGCUUCUGGCUCCGCUUCUGGCUCAGCUUCUGGCUCAGCUUCUGGUUCAGCUUCCGAAUCUGGUUCUGUUACUCCAUCUGGCUCUGCCUCUGGAUCUGCCUCUGAAUCAGGCUCCGCUUCUGGAUCUGGUUCCGCUUCUAGCUCUGCUUCCGAAUCUGGUUCUGUUACUCCAUCUGGCUCUGCCUCUGGAUCCACAUCAUCAGGUUCUGCAUCUGGAUCCAGUUCCGCUUCUGGUUCAGCUUCCGAAUCUGGUUCUGUUACUCCAUCUGGCUCUGCCUCUGGAUCCGCAUCAUCAGGUUCUGCAUCUGGAUCCGGUUCCGCUUCUGGAUCAGCUUCUGGCUCAGCUUCUGGCUCAGCUUCUGGUUCAGCUUCCGAAUCUGGUUCUGUUACUCCAUCUGGCUCUGCCUCUGGAUCCGCAUCAUCAGGUUCUGCCUCUGGAUCUGGCUCCGCUUCUGGUUCCGCUUCUGGCUCUGCUUCCGAAUCAGGUUCUGUUACUCCAUCUGGCUCUGCCUCUGGAUCCGCAUCAUCAGGUUCUGCAUCUGGAUCCAGUUCCGCUUCUGGUUCAGCUUCCGAAUCUGGUUCUGUUACUCCAUCUGGCUCUGCCUCUGGAUCCGCAUCAUCUGGCUCAGCUUCUGGCUCAGCUUCUGGUUCAGCUUCCGAAUCUGGUUCUGUUACUCCAUCUGGCUCUGCCUCUGGAUCCGCAUCAUCAGGUUCUGCAUCUGGAUCUGGCUCCGCUUCUGGAUCUGCUUCUAGCUCUGCUUCCGAAUCUGGUUCUGUUACUCCAUCUGGCUCUGCCUCUGGAUCCGCAUCAUCAGGUUCUGCAUCUGGAUCCGGUUCCGCUUCUGGUUCAGCUUCCGAAUCUGGUUCUGUUACUCCAUCUGGCUCUGCCUCUGGAUCCGCAUCAUCAGGUUCUGCAUCUGGUUCUGGCUCCGCUUCUGGUUCUGGCUCCGCUUCUGGUUCUGGCUCCGCUUCUGGUUCAGCUUCCGAAUCUGGUUCUGUUACUCCAUCUGGCUCUGCCUCUGGAUCCGCAUCAUCAGGUUCUGCAUCUGGAUCCGGUUCCGCUUCUGGUUCAGCUUCCGAAUCUGGUUCUGUUACUCCAUCUGGCUCUGUUACUCCAUCUGGCUCUGCCUCUGGAUCCGCAUCAUCAGGUUCUGCAUCUGGAUCCGGUUCCGCUUCUGGUUCAGCUUCUGGCUCAGCUUCUGGUUCAGCUUCUGGCUCAGCUUCUGGUUCAGCUUCUGGUUCAGCUUCCGAAUCUGGUUCUGUUACUCCAUCUGGCUCUGCCUCUGGAUCUGCCUCUGAAUCAGGCUCCGCUUCUGGAUCUGGUUCCGCUUCUGGUUCAGCUUCUGGCUCAGCUUCUGGUUCAGCUUCUGGCUCAGCUUCUGGUUCAGCUUCCGAAUCUGGUUCUGUUACUCCAUCUGGCUCUGUUACUCCAUCUGGCUCUGCCUCUGGAUCCGCAUCAUCUGGCUCAGCUUCUGGCUCAGCUUCUGGUUCAGCUUCCGAAUCUGGUUCUGUUACUCCAUCUGGCUCUGCCUCUGGAUCCGCAUCAUCAGGUUCUGCAUCUGGAUCUGGCUCCGCUUCUGGUUCAGCUACUGGUUCAGCUUCUGGCUCUGCUUCCGAAUCUGGUUCUGUUACUCCAUCUGGCUCUGCCUCUGGAUCUGCCUCUGGAUCUGCCUCUGAAUCUGGCUCCGCUUCUGGAUCCGGUUCAGCUUCUGGCUCAGCUUCUGGCUCAGCUUCUGGCUCAGCUUCUGGCUCAGCUUCCGAAUCUGGUUCUGUUACUCCAUCUGGCUCUGCCUCUGGAUCUUCCUCUGAAUCAGGCUCCGCUUCUGGAUCUGGUUCCGCUUCUGGUUCAGCUUCUGGCUCAGCUUCUGGUUCAGCUUCCGAAUCUGGUUCUGUUACUCCAUCUGGCUCUGCCUCUGGAUCCGCAUCUUCUGGCUCAGCUUCUGGCUCAGCUUCUGGUUCAGCUUCCGAAUCUGGUUCUGUUACUCCAUCUGGCUCUGCCUCUGGAUCCGCAUCUUCUGGCUCAGCUUCUGGCUCAGCUUCUGGUUCAGCUUCCGAAUCUGGUUCUGUUACUCCAUCUGGCUCUGCCUCUGGAUCCGCAUCAUCAGGUUCUGCAUCUGGAUCCGGUUCCGCUUCUGGUUCAGCUUCUGGCUCCGCUUCUGGCUCAGCUUCUGGCUCAGCUUCUGGUUCAGCUUCCGAAUCUGGUUCUGUUACUCCAUCUGGCUCUGCCUCUGGAUCCGCAUCAUCAGGUUCUGCAUCUGGAUCUGGUUCCGCUUCUGGUUCAGCUUCUGGCUCAGCUUCUGGUUCAGCUUCUGGCUCAGCUUCUGGUUCAGCUUCCGAAUCUGGUUCUGUUACUCCAUCUGGCUCUGCCUCUGGAUCCGCAUCAUCAGGUUCUGCAUCUGGAUCCGGUUCCGCUUCUGGUUCAGCUUCUGGCUCAGCUUCUGGUUCAGCUUCUGGCUCAGCUUCUGGUUCAGCUUCCGAAUCUGGUUCUGUUACUCCAUCUGGCUCUGCCUCUGGAUCUGCCUCUGAAUCAGGCUCCGCUUCUGGAUCUGGUUCCGCUUCUGGUUCAGCUUCUGGCUCAGCUUCUGGUUCAGCUUCUGGCUCAGCUUCUGGUUCAGCUUCCGAAUCUGGUUCUGUUACUCCAUCUGGAUCUGGUUCCGCUUCUGGUUCAGCUUCUGGUUCAGCUUCUGGUUCAGCUUCUGGCUCAGCUUCUGGUUCAGCUUCCGAAUCUGGUUCUGUUACUCCAUCUGGCUCUGCCUCUGGAUCCGCAUCAUCAGGUUCUGCAUCUGGAUCCGGUUCCGCUUCUGGUUCAGCUUCUGGCUCAGCUUCUGGUUCAGCUUCUGGCUCAGCUUCUGGUUCAGCUUCCGAAUCUGGUUCUGUUACUCCAUCUGGCUCUGCCUCUGGAUCCGCAUCAUCAGGUUCUGCAUCUGGAUCCGGUUCCGCUUCUGGUUCAGCUUCUGGCUCAGCUUCUGGCUCAGCUUCUGGCUCAGCUUCUGGUUCAGCUUCCGAAUCUGGUUCUGUUACUCCAUCUGGCUCUGCCUCUGGAUCCGCAUCAUCAGGUUCUGCAUCUGGAUCCGGUUCCGCUUCUGGUUCAGCUUCCGAAUCUGGUUCUGUUACUCCAUCUGGCUCUGCCUCUGGAUCCGCAUCAUCAGGUUCUGCAUCUGGAUCUGGUUCCGCUUCUGGUUCAGCUUCUGGCUCAGCUUCUGGUUCAGCUUCUGGCUCAGCUUCUGGUUCAGCUUCCGAAUCUGGUUCUGUUACUCCAUCUGGCUCUGCCUCUGGAUCCGCAUCUUCUGGCUCAGCUUCUGGCUCAGCUUCUGGUUCAGCUUCCGAAUCUGGUUCUGUUACUCCAUCUGGCUCUGCCUCUGGAUCCGCAUCUUCUGGCUCAGCUUCUGGCUCAGCUUCUGGUUCAGCUUCCGAAUCUGGUUCUGUUACUCCAUCUGGCUCUGCCUCUGGAUCCGCAUCAUCAGGUUCUGCAUCUGGAUCCGGUUCCGCUUCUGGUUCAGCUUCUGGCUCCGCUUCUGGCUCAGCUUCUGGCUCAGCUUCUGGUUCAGCUUCCGAAUCUGGUUCUGUUACUCCAUCUGGCUCUGCCUCUGGAUCCGCAUCAUCAGGUUCUGCAUCUGGAUCUGGUUCCGCUUCUGGUUCAGCUUCUGGCUCAGCUUCUGGUUCAGCUUCUGGCUCAGCUUCUGGUUCAGCUUCCGAAUCUGGUUCUGUUACUCCAUCUGGCUCUGCCUCUGGAUCCGCAUCAUCAGGUUCUGCAUCUGGAUCCGGUUCCGCUUCUGGUUCAGCUUCUGGCUCAGCUUCUGGUUCAGCUUCUGGCUCAGCUUCUGGUUCAGCUUCCGAAUCUGGUUCUGUUACUCCAUCUGGCUCUGCCUCUGGAUCUGCCUCUGAAUCAGGCUCCGCUUCUGGAUCUGGUUCCGCUUCUGGUUCAGCUUCUGGCUCAGCUUCUGGUUCAGCUUCUGGCUCAGCUUCUGGUUCAGCUUCCGAAUCUGGUUCUGUUACUCCAUCUGGAUCUGGUUCCGCUUCUGGUUCAGCUUCUGGUUCAGCUUCUGGUUCAGCUUCUGGCUCAGCUUCUGGUUCAGCUUCCGAAUCUGGUUCUGUUACUCCAUCUGGCUCUGCCUCUGGAUCCGCAUCAUCAGGUUCUGCAUCUGGAUCCGGUUCCGCUUCUGGUUCAGCUUCUGGCUCAGCUUCUGGUUCAGCUUCUGGCUCAGCUUCUGGUUCAGCUUCCGAAUCUGGUUCUGUUACUCCAUCUGGCUCUGCCUCUGGAUCCGCAUCAUCAGGUUCUGCAUCUGGAUCCGGUUCCGCUUCUGGUUCAGCUUCUGGCUCAGCUUCUGGCUCAGCUUCUGGCUCAGCUUCUGGUUCAGCUUCCGAAUCUGGUUCUGUUACUCCAUCUGGCUCUGCCUCUGGAUCCGCAUCAUCAGGUUCUGCAUCUGGAUCCGGUUCCGCUUCUGGUUCAGCUUCCGAAUCUGGUUCUGUUACUCCAUCUGGCUCUGCCUCUGGAUCCGCAUCAUCAGGUUCUGCAUCUGGAUCCGGUUCCGCUUCUGGUUCAGCUUCCGAAUCUGGUUCUGUUACUCCAUCUGGCUCUGCCUCUGGAUCCGCAUCAUCAGGUUCUGCAUCUGGUUCUGGCUCCGCUUCUGGUUCUGGCUCCGCUUCUGGUUCUGGCUCCGCUUCUGGUUCAGCUUCCGAAUCUGGUUCUGUUACUCCAUCUGGCUCUGCCUCUGGGUCCGCAUCAUCAGGUUCUGCAUCUGGAUCCGGUUCCGCUUCUGGUUCAGCUUCUGGCUCAGCUUCUGGCUCAGCUUCUGGUUCAGCUUCCGAAUCUGGUUCUGUUACUCCAUCUGGCUCUGCCUCUGGAUCCGCAUCAUCAGGUUCUGCAUCUGGAUCUGGCUCCGCUUCUGGUUCAGCUACUGGUUCAGCUUCUGGCUCUGCUUCCGAAUCUGGUUCUGUUACUCCAUCUGGCUCUGCCUCUGGAUCUGCCUCUGGAUCUGCCUCUGAAUCUGGCUCCGCUUCUGGAUCCGGUUCAGCUUCUGGCUCUGCUUCCGAAUCUGGUUCUGUUACUCCAUCUGGCUCUGCCUCUGGAUCUGCCUCUGGAUCAGGCUCCGCUUCUGGAUCCGGUUCCGCUUCUGGUUCAGCUUCUGGUUCAGCUUCCGAAUCUGGUUCUGUUACUCCAUCUGGCUCUGCCUCUGGAUCCGCAUCAUCAGGUUCUGCAUCUGGAUCUGGCUCCGCUUCUGGUUCUGCUUCUGGUUCAGCUUCCGAAUCUGGUUCUGUUACUCCAUCUGGCUCUGCCUCUGGAUCCGCAUCAUCAGGUUCUGCAUCUGGAUCUGGCUCCGCUUCUGGUUCCGCUUCUGGCUCUGCCUCUGGAUCCGCAUCAUCAGGUUCUGCAUCUGGAUCUGGCUCCGCUUCUGGUUCUGCCUCUGGAUCCGCAUCAUCAGGUUCUGCAUCUGGUUCUGUUACUCCAUCUGGUUCUGGUUCUCCAUCGGGUUCUCCAACUGAUUCUGGUUCUCCAUCUGGUUCUCCAUCUGGUUCUCCAUCUGGUUCUCCAUCUGGUUCUCCAUCUGGUUCUGGUUCUCCAUCCGGUUCUGGUUCUCCAUCUGGUUCGCCAUCGGGUUCUGGUUCUCCAUCUUGUUCUGGUUCUCCAUCGGGUUCUCCAUCUGAUUCUCCAUCGGAUUCUGGUUCUCCAUCGGGUUCUCCAUCUGGUUCGCCAUCGGGUUCUGGUUCUCCAUCUGAUUCUGUUACUCCAUCUGGUUCGGGUUCUCCAUCUGGUUCUCCAUCAGAUUCCGGUACUACAUCUGGCUCCGGGAUUUCCUCUGGUUCUGCAACUCAAUCGGGUUCCGGUUUGCCUUCUGAAUCAACUUCUCGCCCGAAUUCCGAUGACCAGUCAAGUUAUGGGUCGUCAUCUAGUGAGGUUAAAUCAAGCACAGUAUCUUCAAUUGUUUCCUCUUCUAGUGAAGCUUCAUCAUAUACGUCCUCAGAAAUUUCGGCAGCUUCGAAGUCCACCACUGAAAAGUCAUCUGAAUCAUCUGAUACUUCUAAGAUUACUUCGAGUGAACAGACACUUGUUUCUUCUGAUCAAUCAUCUAUCGAGGAGUCGUCCACAGAGAUAAGUUCUUCUUCAUUAUCGUCCGAAUAUGAUACAACGACUACUGUGCAUACGGUAACUACUGACUACACUACAUAUUGUCCUCCAGAAGAGUCUACAUCAACCAAAACGGAAACUGAUUACUCUACUACAGUCAUAACUGUCACAUCUUGUGACAGCAACACCUGUACAGAAGCAACGUACACAACUGGUGCAACUGUAGUCACUACAACAAUAGAUGAAGUUGUUACUGUUUUCACAACCUUCUGUCCACUUUCUUCAACAGAUCAAGAGGAAAAUAAUAAUACCUCAGACUUCAUUGAUAACGGUAGCGAAUCUAUUCAAACAAUAGUCCAAACAACUACGCUUGAAGGAGGAAAGGUGUCUAUUUAUACACAAUAUUUGACUAUGAGUGGUGCAAGAAUAGUGUCCUCGCAAGAAACUAAGGUUCCGCAAGAGAUUAACCCUACAAGUGAAGGAAUAGAGAAUGAUCACUUCGAACUGGUAAGUUCCCUAGAUGAUGAAACAGCUUCGGCAAGUCCAAGUCCAAGUUCGCCUCAUGCCGCUACGAACUUCGACAACAGUGCAAUUUCAAUUCGUUCCCUUCCAAUGGUAGUAUUAUUACCAUUGAUUGCUAUUUUCUAUUAA